AUGAUUCCUGCUCUGUACCACUACUUCCGCACACCGCUGCCCUACGCGCCGACGCUCGCGCUGCAGGAACGGAUUCACCAGAUACAACUACUCCAGCGCAAACUCUCGUGUCACAAAGACAUUCUGCUGCUACUCCAGCACCGACCGGUCUAUACUUCUGGGCGGCGGCAAACGGAGGAGUCGACACACGAUGACCGCGUUAGGCUGACGCGAAUGGGGGCGGACUUUAUCGCCUCUUUACGUGGAGGAGAGCUGACGUAUCACGGCCCGGGCCAAAUUGUAGGCUACCCGCUGCUCGACCUUUCGCGGUCAUCGCCACCUAUUUCGGUGCGCGACUAUGUCUGCCGCCUGCAACACGGGCUGGAGCAGCAUCUCCUCGAGCGUCACGGGAUCAGACACGCGCAGUCAGAGCAUACCGGCGUAUUUCUCGAUGCACACACCAAGAUCGCGAGCAUUGGCGUCCAAGUGCGACACCGGCUGACAACGCAUGGGUUUGCCAUAAAUAUCACCAACGAGCCGCGCACGUGGUUUGACCAGGUAGUCGCGUGUGGGCUGGCGGACGUCAGCGCUGGGUCUGUGGAGGGCGUAAAGGGGGAAGCAGUCGAUAUUCAUGCAGAAAUUCCCCCGUUACUGGCCAAGUUCGGGUCUUUACUUGAACGCGACUUUCGGCCGAUGGUACCCGAAGAGGAGGGCGAGAUCGGAGAACUCAUCCUGGCGGCGGAGGAAGAGGCGCGCAAAGCUGGUCCUUGGCCAUCGGCUCCGCGCAAUCAAUAG